AUGGCGGGCCCAGGCACCAAGUCCUGCGCCGGUCUGGUCCUCAAGCGGUACGAGCACCUCGUGCACGGGCGGCUCAUCAAGCGCUACAAGCGCUUCCUGGCAGAUGUUAGGAUCGGAGACGAGGUCGUCACGGUUCACUGUCCGAACACUGGGCCGAUGACAGGGCUCCUGGACCGCCCCGAGGCCCCGGUGCUGCUCUCUACGUCCGACAACCCGAAGCGCAAGUACCGCCACACGCUCGAGUGGAUCAAGCCCCACCGCGAGCAGGACUGGGUCGGCGUGCACUCCGCCUCCGCGAACGCCAUGUGCAGCGCGCUGCUCGAGGCGGGCGCGGUGUCUUCGUUUGGGAGUUACAUGAGUAUCAAACGAGAGGUAGUGAUAAGGAAGGGGUCGCGCGUGGACUUCGCCCUGGAGCUCGAGGGCGGCGACGUGCUCCCCGUGGAGGUGAAGUCCGUCACGCUGGCGCGGCUGGGCGCGGGCAGCGAGGUCGCUGCAGGCGACGACGGCGACAAUGCUGAGCAGCCCGGGCCGCCCGGGGCGCCGCACGAGACCGCGCGGCACGUCGCUGUGUUUCCCGACACGGUGAGCCUGCGGGCGCAGAAGCACGUUCAGGAGCUCACCGAGUACGCGGCGUCGGGCAAGGCGGGCGCCGCGCGCGCCGGCCUGCUGCUGCUGGUGCAGCGCGGGGACUGUGCGGCCUUCGAGCCGGGGUGGCAGCACGACCGGGCGUACGCGCGUCUCCUGUGCGAGGCCGGGGCAGGCGGACGCGUCGCCGUGGUGGCCGUUGCGUGCCGGCUGCGGCGGGAGCAGGGGGGGGGUAUUGCGUGGAGGCGGUGGGGGAGAUCCCUGUCGACUUGA